AUGUGGAUUGAUGCCAUCUGCAUCGAUCAGAACGAUCUAUUUGAAAAAGAUACGCAACUACGCGUCAUGCAUCUAAUUCACACGAAUGCUACUCGUGUACUCGUCUGGCUUGGUGAAGACGACAAAACGGUCGAUCUACAUGCUGCAACCGAGAUUAUCUCUCACUUCAAGAUGAAAAGCGGAGAAUUGCGAAGAAAGGCCAAGUCAAUAGCUCAAAAGGAACCUUCAGCUGAUUUACAAGUGUGGCUGCAGAAGUGGGUCGACGGCGACUGGCAUACUGGGCCGGAGUAUAUCUCUGGCUGGAAAGCAAUGCAGAAUAUACUCGCUCGACCAUAUUUCACGCGAUCCUGCAUAAUCCAAGAAAUGGUGUUAUCUUCUAACCGAAAAAUUCUUGUAGGCCAUCACGAUGUAACAAAUAUUCUCGAUCUUGUUUUCAUCAUUCACAACUUUCCCCAGAUUAAGAAUCGGAUUCCUGCCCAGUAUCUUAAUGAACCGGACGUCAUACCGCGUAUCUACCAGCUAAGCCUGGCCAUGCAGACAUACCGGACUGCCUUGAAGUCAAUGUAUGUUGUUCCUGGCACCAAUCGUGAGUUCAAACUCGCGGGGCAGAGGGGACUCAAUUUAGGAGAGCUUCUCGCUAGGUUCCGAGGCAAAGAGUCCACGUUGCCAAUGGAUCAUGUGUAUAGUGUUUUGGGAAUGACAAUAGACUCCAGCAUCAUGUAUAAAGUUCCUUUUUGGACAUCCUGGACCAAGAAACUACCAGUACAACAGCUUCCACAAAUUGAUCACAAGCAGUCGCUGAGGAAACUGUGUACCGACACUACGCGAUAUAUCCUAAAAGAAGAUGGGGAUUUAGGGGCUCUGAGAAUGAUUAAUACACAUAAGAAGCCCACCAAAGACAAAGAUUGGCCGUCUUGGGUUCCAGAUUUCUCAUCUCAGUUGCCGGGGCCAGGCGAGCCAGAAAGUAUGCAAUGGAAUUUAGAGUCUUCAACAUUUCCUCAAAACAUGAAUAAAUUCUUUGUUGAUAGAGGUAGGUUGGUGGUGUAUGGACAUGUUCUUGGUGAGAUUGAAGGGCUUGUUGGAAUGAUACAAAGAAAUGGAGAGUACUCCAAUAAGACGGGUGACAGACCGAGUGAGUUGAAGAAGGAAAAUUUGAGGUUGAGCCAAUAUAGGGAUGGGUUUGGGUUUUUACCGUUGGCGAUUUCGAGAGAUAGUGAGGGACGGUACGUGUUUGGUGGGACGAGUAUGAGGAAGGGAGAUUUGGUAGUUGUAGUUGGUAAAGGAAGAGACCCAUUGAUUCUGCGAAGACUGAAGCAUGGCGAGGAACUAGGAGGUGAAAGCAGGAAGGAGAGUACUGAGACGCCCGUGUACCAAUUAGUAGCAACAGCGAAUAUACCGGGUAUCGAGAAAAUCCAGAAGAAGCUUGCUUUGGAUGAUAUACAAUGGGAUGUUGAGAAAAUGAUUAUAAAGUAA